AGUAAACCCCCGGCCCCUGUGUUGGUAACAAAAACACAAACCCUAGAUUCUCCGUUAGACCAUUAGCUGCUGUGGCCUCUGCAAACUCACUCUCAAUCCUGCAGCAGUCGCACCGGCAAAACAAGCAGCAGCCAUGGUGAAGUAUUCCAAGGAGCCAGAUAACCCUACCAAAUCUUGCAAAGCCAGAGGAUCGGAUCUCAGGUGUCAUUUCAAGAACACAAGAGAAACUGCACAUGCUAUUCGCAAGUUGCCUUUAAUCAAGGCUAAAAGAUACUUGGAGGAUGUUUUGGUUCAUAAACAAGCCAUUCCAUUCACACGUUUUUGUCGUGGAGUUGGGAGAACUGCACAGGCAAAGAAUCGUCAUUCCAAUGGACAAGGACGUUGGCCUGCUAAGUCUGCAAAGUUCAUUCUGGAUUUGCUAAAGAAUGCUGAGAGUAAUGCAGAAGUCAAAGGGUUGGAUGUAGAUGCUCUUCAUAUUUCCCACAUUCAGGUGAAUCAAGCUCAGAAACAGAGGCGUCGCACAUACCGUGCUCAUGGAAGAAUCAAUCCUUACAUGUCUUCCCCAUGUCACAUUGAGCUGACCUUAUCAGAAAAGGAAGAACCUGUGAAGAAAGAGCCUGAGACUCAGCUAGCUUCUAGAAAGACCAAGAAUCAAGCCUAACUUAUGAUUUUGUUUGAUCCAUUGCCAGAAUGAGUUUUCGAAUUUUGUUUUGUUAGUGCAUUUCAAAUUUUAUUAGAUACAUGUAUUGAGUUUGGUUACAAGAACUUCAUAGUUGAGUGAAGCUGAAUUAUAUGGGAUGUUUAUUAUUAUGGCUAGGAUCCAUUUGCCAUGACAUUUCUUACAUCUUAAUUGUCUUUAUUCUUUUUGAUGU